CCCGCCCCCUAAUGUAAAAAUUACCCGAGAGUGGGAAACGCGUUCUCGGAUUUCAUACGCGCCUUUCAACCUUUAGUACCUCGGUCUCAUCUUACUUCACUUAGUUACACGACUUAUUCAUCUCAUUUAGGCCGUCAUAUCGGUAUACGAACUUUUUAAAAAUGUACGGUGAUCUAGGAAACAAACUCGUUCAACAUGCAAAAAGAACUCAAAAUUUAUCACACUUGCCACCAUAUCAGACUGAACUAGUUCGUGCAGUCACACGAGAGGUUCGCGACUUGGACAAAGAUGUGGCAGACAUGCUAGAACCGUUCCAGGGGUCCUUCAACCCAGCUGACGACCCGGCUACGGCAUGUACUCUACUUAUAAACCAUUUAUCCAUGCGGCGGAACAAGCGUUGUCUGUUGGCCUAUCACCGAACCCGAGCAGACAGGCUCGAAGAGCUUGUCUGGAAAGGCUACGACGUAGUUGAUCUUGCCGGGCAGCAAGUUAGGGACGGUCAAGGCGGAUUCAACGGCCCGUCCGGUAUGGCAACUAACAAUAGUGGCACGAGUAGCUUAAGUCCGCAGGAAGAAGACUACGUGCGACAGUACAGCGAUCUGCUAGCUGCUUACAAAGGACAAUGGACAGAUAUCGAUCUCACAGGCAGUCUCGAACCUCCUCGCGACCUCUUCAUUGACGUACGGGUGCUAAAAGAUGCGGGCGAAAUCCAAACCGAAUACGGGUAAGAGAGUGCGCAUUCAAAUAAAGUAGAAAGAAAGAAUACUGAUAUACUAUUGCAGCGCGAUCACACUUACUAAAAAUAGUCAAUUUUACGUUAGGCAGGGUGAUGUAGAACGUCUGAUCGCCCAAGGCUAUCUCCAAAAGCUCAGUUGAACGGACCUGGAGCGCAGUCCAUCCUAUUUAAUAUGUAUUCUGGGGUAGGAUCACGCCUCGGACUACGCGUUGCCUAUAGGUUGUUCCGUCCGAGCCGCUCCCGCAUGCGGUUAGGCCAAAAAAA